AUGGUUCCAUCAUUCAUUGCCAAAAUCUCGGGUCUACUAAUGAUGAUGGUGGUGGCAGUUGCCACUGCUGGCUCAUCAUCACCAGCAACUAAUAUCUCCACAUCGAAAGAUACCGUCGCUAUUUACUGGGGGCAGAACUCCCUAGGGUACCUUUCCAACUUCAAGAAUAAUGAAAAAGAGCUCUGGUGGUAUUGUAAUUGGGACAGUGUCGAUAUCAUUAUGUUGGCAUUUAUGCAAGACUUCCCGGGGACUUACUCGUCGAAAUACGAGACAUAUAUUCCAACCUUAUCGUUCCCACAUCAUAAAGACUCGGAAUUCUCGGUGAACAAUACCGCAGUAAUGUCACGGAUCGCCAAAGACAUCAAGUACUGUCAGAAGCGUAACAAGAAGAUCUUGCUUUCUCUUGGAGGAGAAGCAGGGUCCUACGGAUUUGAUUCGACCGAACAAGCACAAGAGUUUGGUCAUACGCUAUGGCAAAUGUUUGGGGAAAAAAAUCAUACCAAAUCGAACAUCACCCUUCCAAGACCAUUCGGGGAUUCGGUGAUCGAUGGGUUUGAUUUCGACAUCGAGAAUGAUCAAACUGAAGGAUACGUUACUCUCAUUGAAACCUUACAAAACUACACCUCUAGUUCCACAAAGAAGAAGUACUAUUACAGUGCGGCACCACAAUGUCCAUAUCCUGAUCAGAACAUGAACACCAUCUUGGCUGGGAACUCCCUUGACAUGGUGUUUGUGCAAUUUUACAAUAACGAUUGUAAUGCCAACAGUAACAGCAGUUUCAACUGGGAUACUUGGGCUGAUUACGCGCAAAACACCUCGUUGAACUCCGACGUUCAAGUGUAUUUGGGACUUCCGGGAUCGGUGAACUCUUCAAGCACCGGUUAUAUCGAAACUUCGGCCGAGUUACAAACCCUCAUCAAGCUGGUGGAUAGUGAUUCGCAUUUUGGUGGGGUGAUGUUAUGGGAAGCCUCGAUGUCGUUCCAGAAUAAGCCUACUGAUUCGAAAAACUCUUAUCCUAUGACCAUUAAAAACAUCUUGAAAAGUCAGGUUGAUAAUCUGACUGUCAAAAUCAAUGGAGCCAUGGAUUCUAAAAAAAAUCAUAUGAAUCUUGCCCUUGCGAUUGUUGCCUUUGGGUGGAUCAUUCUUACAGUAUAA